AUGAAAACCGAAGCAACGGCGACGUCAACCAAAAUCGAUAAGCUUCUUGCAGGGAAGAGUAUUCCUCGCGCCUCUCGUGCAUAUAGUUCACUUGUGAUAUGUGCUAAAUUAUACGAAGAAAUUGCAACAUCUGAUGCUGUGAGACCAAUGGAAAGUUUGAUAAGAGGAGAUCCAGAUAUUGCAAUAGUGGCUGGAAAGGAUGUUGCAGGGAAAGCUAUGCAAUGUGAGAAUAACUUUGAUGGAAGAGGUUUUGGGAAAACACCUAUCACGGUUGAGAACAAUAAUAUGAACCAUAUAGGAGCCAUAGCAGCAGGUAUUGCUGAGUUAUUAAGAUAUGGGUAG